UUUCAGGUACUGGAAUUAGCAGGAAAUGCAUCUAAAGAUCUAAAGGUUAAACGUAUUACACCGAGACAUCUGCAACUUGCUAUUCGUGGUGACGAAGAAUUAGAUAGUCUCAUUAAAGCAACUAUUGCAGGAGGAGGUGUUAUUCCACAUAUCCACAAAUCACUGAUCGGAAAGAAGGGUUCUCAAAAGCCAGCAUAAUUUAGUGAUUUGUUCAAGAACGUUUGAAAUCUAUAGAGAAAGCAGAUGCAAAGCGGCAGAGUGAUUGUUGACAAAGUGUACCUAUGUUACUAAAUUGAUGGCGAGACUGGCGUGAUAUAUAUAUAUAAAUAUAUAUAGAUAUAGAUAUAUAUAUAAAUAAAGCAAAUAUUGAUAUAAUUUAAUAUAGGCAAUGAGAGUUAAAAAGAAAAGACAUUUUCAUCACUUAAUUGGCAUUCAAAACAAAAAAAGUUAACAAUAUAGGUUUAAACUAAAUAAAUUUUAGUGUAUGCUGCACUGCAAUUAUUUGACGAGCGAUGUGUUGUAGCAUGGCUUGCUCAAAACUGCAGAUAUCUUUGAUACUGUACACGGAUACUAAAUGUUUUGAAAGUUAGAGUAUUUAAGGACUUGGAUGUGUCAAUUGUUAUGUAUAGUUUUAGAUAAAAAGAAAAAAAAAAUAAGGAAAAAUUGCUUUAGUUCUGUUCUGUUCAUGGACUUCUUUUAAAAGUAUCAUACGCAAGUUCUUAUGUUUUCUACUCGAAGAUCGCGUCAGUGUUACGCUGAAAUGUAUAAUACGAUCAAGUAUUAAUAGUCUUUAUGUUACUUUCAGUGUAUUUAAAAAUUUCAAGUUUGAUUUAAAUAUAUACCGUGCAUGUAGCCGCAAGAUGCAUACUCAUUCUUGUUAUUAAAUACUCUCAACUGUCUUAUAACAGUAUGAAAUGUGCAUAAAUAUGUUUAGGCGGAAAUUUUUAUUUUGGACAAACAUAUUCCAAAAGCGUUGUGUUGUGAAGAUUCAUUUUUAAAGUUUUCAGUCUCCUUAGCAUUACAUGUAGGUAUGUAAGAUUAGUUGGCAGGUUAUAAUUCUACAAACAUUGUUUCCAUUUUGUUAACUUCUUAAAAGUUAAUGGUAUCUAUAAAUAGUAAUUAAUGGAUCUCAAACGUUAAACUGACACAAAAUUAUGCGUUGCAGCUUAUGGUACACAGUGUAUUAAAAUCGUGAGACUGGAAUCUUUGAAGUUCAUAGGCUUAGUAAAAUUACAGUAAGAGACAUUUCGACGUUGCACUUUUCAAACGUAAUUCAUCUUUAUUCCGGUAGUGUUCAAUCGAUGUAAAUUCUAUAGUAGAAAGAUUGAAGCAUACAAACGGUACACGUUUUCCAAGAAAAUUAUCAUUUUCGUAUCAUUCUUCCUUUUUCACUUUAUUAAUCGUAAAGCUAUUGUUACUUGUGUCAUUUAGCGUAAUUUUCGCUGUACCUUCGGUAUAUUAUACCACAUAUUGAAUAAUCAGCCAUAUGUAAAAUGUUCAUUUUCAUAAUAAAGAGCAAUUUUACUAUUAA